CCGCCCGGAAGCGCGCCGGCGGGAAGCUGGCGUGCAGCGCGCCUGUAGUGGCGCGGAGAUCAUCGUAGCAGGUACUCAGUGGGCGGCGGGAAGUUUGCUCCUGAGACGGAACCAAAGCUACUCCCUCCAUGCCAACGGAGCCGCUCUCUGCGUUUCCCAUAUGACGGAGGUGUGAACUGGGAAUUGUGGCGCGAGAGCCUCUUCUAGGGGCCGCGAUCUUCCUUCAGCCUUGCCUGAGCAGGCUUGCUUGGCAAGCUGGGACAUGUCUGGUCCCCGAGGACCUUCCGUGGGUGAUGGCUGCAGUGUUGGAGGGGCUGGAGCCGGAGGAAACUGCUGCAGAGGAUGCUGCAAGACCCGCUGUGGAGGCUGUGGAUUCCAGGCCCGGGGCACCUUUUCUCCUGGCCGGGAACCAGUUGAACUUGGACAUACGCCCAGGGGGCUGCCAUCGGCUGCAAUACCUGUGUUCCCAGAAGCCCCCACAGCUGCUGCAGGUGGAGUUCUUGCGACUCAGUACCCACGAGGACCCUCGACUGCUAGAUGACACCCUAGCCCAGGUUCCGUGGGGUCUGUUGCGCCUUCGCUCCCUGGUCCUCAAAGGGGGCCAGAGCCGGGGUGCCCUGGGUGCCUGCCUUCAUGGUACCCUGACCACUCUGCCUGCUGGCCUGAGUGACUUGGCCUGCCUGGCCCACUUGGACCUGAGCUUCAACAGGCUGGAGACGCUGCCGACCUGCAUCCUGGAACUGCGCAGCUUGGAUUCCUUGCUCCUCUCUCACAACUGCCUCUCAGAGCUGCCCGAAGCCCUGGGGGCCCUGCCCACCCUUACCUUCCUCUCUGUGACACACAACCGCCUCGAGAGGCUGCCUACAACCCUGGGGUCCCUGUCCACCCUUCAGCGUCUUGAUCUCUCUGAGAACCUUCUAGACACCAUACCCUCUGAGAUUGGAGACCUGAGCGGCCUCAGUGAACUCAAUCUGGCCUCCAACCGACUGCACGAUCUCCCAGCCUCCCUUGCGGGCCUACGGUCCCUGCGGCUCCUUGUUCUGCAUAGCAACCUCCUGACCUCAGUGCCCCCUGGCCUGGCCCACCUGCCACUGAUCUCUCGGCUUGAUCUGAGGGACAACCAGCUCCGGGACCUGCCUGCUGAGCUACUAGACGCUCCCUUUGUGCGCCUGCAGGGGAACCCUCUGGGUGAAGCCUCUCCAGCACCCCUGAGUCCCCCAGACAUAUCCCGGAUUCCAGAAAUGCCCAGGCUAUUCCUUACCUCGGAUUUGGACAGCUUCCUUGUGACUCCCCAUGGCUGUUCUGUGACCCUGGCCUGUGGUGUCCGCCUACAGUUCCCAGCAGGAGCCACCACCACACCCGUCACCAUCCACUACCGACUGUGGCUGCCAGAGCCCCACCUGGUCUCUCUGGGACCUCAUGACUUCCUGCUUAGUGGUGUUCUGGAGCUGCAGCCCCAUGGGGUGGCGUUCCAGCAGGAUGUGAGCUUAUGGCUGCUCUUCGUCCCCCCGCGAGUCCGUCGCUGGCGUGAGGUCGUUGUGAGGACACGGAGCGACAAUAGCUGGAAUGACCUAGAGACCCACCUGGAGGAAGAGGCACCCAAGAGGCUCUGGGCCCGAUGCCAGGUGCCCCACUUCUCCUGGUUCCUCGUCGUUUUACGCCCAGUAUCCAACACUUGCCUGUUGCCACCAGAGGGAGCACUUCUGUGCUCUUCAGGUCAUCCUGGGGUCAAAGUCACCUUUCCCCCCGGGGCCACAGAAGAGCCUCGGCAGGUCACCAUGCAGGUAGUGCAUGUGGCCGGUGGAGAGCUGAGGGCUCUCCUGGAAGAAUCAGAGGCAUCGGUGAGUCCUCUGCUGUGCCUCUCACAGAGCGGCCCUCCCAGCUUCCUGCACCCUGUCACUGUGCAGUUACCCUUGCCCCCCGGUGUUACAGGUUUCAGUCUGGACCGCUCCCACCUGCACCUGCUGUACCGGACACCCUCGACAACCACCUGGGACGACAUCACCACUCAGGUGGCACUGGAACUCACUCACCUGUAUGCACGUUUCCAGGUCACACACUUCUCCUGGUCAGUGUCCUCUAGCUUCCUCGGUCCCCCCUUCUGCCCUGCAUCUGUAUGGCCACACCUCAACUCCGGCACUUCCAGGUACUGGCUCUGGUAUACCACCAAAAGCUGUGUGGGGGGCCUGGCACGGAAGGCCUGGGAACGGCUGCGUCUGCACCGCGUGAACCUCAUCGCACUGCAAAGGCGCCGGGACCCCGAGCAGGUCCUGCUACAGUGUCUGCCCCGGAACAAGGUGGAAGCCACCCUUUCCCGGCUACUGGAUCGGUACCGCGGCCCCGAACCCUCUGAUACCGUGGAGAUGUUUGAGGGUGAGAAGUUCUUUGCAGCCUUUGAGCGGGGCAUUGAUGUAGAUGCUGACCGUCCAGACUGUGUGGAUGGCAGGAUCUGCUUUGUUUUCUAUUCACACCUGAAGAAUGUAAAGGAGGUGUACAUUACCACAACCUUGGACCGGGAAGCUCAGGCUGUUCGAGGCCAGGUGUCCUUUUAUCGGGGUUCACUUCCCACAGAGGUGCCUCAAGAGGCUGAGGCUGCCCGGCAGAGGAAGGGCACAGAUGCACUGUGGAUGGCCACCUUGCCCCUCAAGCUGCCGAGACUCCGGGGGCCCCAGGGAAGUGGGCAGGGGACUGACUUCUCCCUGCUGCCUCUGAACCUGGGUGAUGCGGAAACUGGUUUCCUGACUCAGAGCAACCUGCUGAGUGUGGCCUCACGCCUAGGUCCUGACUGGCCAGCUGUGGCCCUGCACCUAGGCAUGCCCUACCGUGAGCUACAGUGUAUCCGGCAUGAAUUCAGGGAUGAUCUGGAUGGGCAGAUCCGCCACAUGCUCUUCUCCUGGGCUGAGCGCCAGGCUGGACAGCCCGGGGCUGUGGGACACUUGGUACAGGCCCUGGAACAGAGUGACCGGCGGGAUGUGGCUGAUGAAGUACGUGCCAUCUUGGAGCUGGGCCGCCACAAGUAUCAGGACAGCAUCCGGCGCACAGGGCUGGCCCCUGAGGACUCCACUCUGCCCGGCACCUCGGCUUCACAGACGCCAGAGUCUGCCCAGGCCUAGGCUCAGACUUAAGCUGCUGGCCUUUGACUUGCCUUGAGCAGAAGGCAGAGGCCCUUCCCUAUCCUUCUACCUCAUCGGUGUGGUACAAGUGUCCCAUCAUACCAAAUCUCAUGGUUUUGAAAGCUUGGUUUAUUUACUUUUUGAGACAGGUCUUACUGUCUAGCCCAAGCUAGCCUCCAGCUCCCAGUGCACCUCAGAGAUUGAUUGACUUAUAGGGUAGAGGGCAGGGGUGCCCAAGUGAUCUGAAGCCGAGUCCCUGGGUGUGCCCACAUUUCCUACCAUGCUAAGUAAGGCCUGGAGUGAUGGCCCAGUGGUUAACAGCGCUGGCUGCUCUUUCAGGGGACCCGGUUUCAAUUCCCAGCACCUACGUGGUAGCUCACAACAGUCUGUAAACUCAAGUUCCAGAGGAUCAGGCGCCUUCCUCUGG